AUGUACUACGGCGGCAUGCAGGCGCCGCAGCGCUCGACGACGGUGCCGCCCGACUGGCUCUCGAUGCCCCCGCCCAAUGCUUGGAACGCGCCGAGUGUCUCUUCCGCUGGACCUUCGUUCACCCCGCCUCAACAGCCCAUGCGCUACCGCUCUCUGACACCACACGGUGGCGGCGGUUCGUACAACUACGGCUCGAUGGGUCCUCCCCCUGCCCCCGCCGCGAGCGGGAUGGUCAACUCGAUGCCGAACGUUUCGGGCACGCAGGGAUACGUCUACUCUGAGCCUGCCCCGGUCGAGAGCCAGCAGACCGGCGAGUACUACCCGCCACAGCAGGGACAGUGGAACGGCGGAGUCGACGUCAACGGCGCGCCGAUGGUCACGAAGCCCGAGGACGAGUACCACGGUGACCAGGCCGUCGACCCGAACAACAGCUGGCAGCAGCAGCCUCCUCCCAUGUAA